UCCUACCUCCCAGCGAUGGCGCCGCGGUGCCGCGCCCAGUCUCCUGCCUGCCAGCCCGUAUUCACAGCUAUUGGGAGCCCAGUCAGACAGUGAGAAUUGAAGCGGGUCCCAGGGAGCGGCGGGACGCUGCCUGCCACGGGGACCAUGAGGAGCCGUCAGACCUGUGGGGCCGAUAGCGGGAGCAGCCGCGGCACCUGCUGAGAGGAAAGAGGGAGCGGCCGGGUGCGGCGGCGCGGCUGGGGUACGGCGGAGGCUCGCCGGUGCCUCGGCCAUGUCGCUGCUCUGUGUACGCGUUAAAAGAGCCAAAUUCCAGGGCUCACCAGAUAAAUUUAAUACAUAUGUGACCUUGAAAGUGCAGAAUGUGAAGAGCACAACUGUAGCAGUUCGUGGUGAUCAGCCUUCUUGGGAACAAGAUUUUAUGUUUGAGAUUAAUCGCCUGGACCUGGGUCUAAGUGUGGAGGUCUGGAACAAAGGACUGAUCUGGGACACCAUGGUGGGGACCGUGUGGAUUGCACUGAAGACUGUUCGUCAGUCGGAUGAGGAAGGGCCUGGGGAGUGGUCCACGUUGGAGGCAGAGACAUUGAUGAAAGAUGAUGAGAUCUGUGGAACUAAAAACCCAACUCCUCAUAAGAUUUUGCUUGAUACAAGAUUUGAGUUGCCUUUUGAUAUCCCAGAGGAGGAAGCCAGAUAUUGGACCUACAAAUUGGAACAAAUCAAUGUCUUGGGAGCUGAGAGUGAGUAUUCGAUUCAAGAAGAAAGCCAGAGGAAGCCAUUGCCCACUGCUGCCGCCCAGUGUUCUUUUGAAGAUCCUGAUAGUGCCGUUGAUGACCGAGAUAGUGACUAUCGCAGUGAGACCAGCAACAGCAUCCCACCUCCUUACCAUACGACUUCUCAGCCCAAUGCUUCUGUGCACCAGUUCGCCGUGCCAGUGGGAUUGCCACAGCAGCUGCUACUUCAGGGCAGUUCCCGGGAUUCCUGCAAUGACUCUAUGCAAAGUUAUGAUCUUGAUUAUCCAGAGCGGCGGGCUCUCAGCCCCACCAGCAGUAGUAGGUAUGGCUCCUCCUGUAAUGUGAGUCAAGGAAGCUCUCAGUUGAGUGAGCUAGACCAGUGUCACGAACAAGAUGAUGACCGUCGGGAGAGGGACUCCAUUCAUUCGUGCCACAGCUCUGACGGCUUCUCUAGAGAUGGCCAAGUGGGUUUUGGAGAACAAGAGAAAGCCUUGGAGGUGACAGAUGAAGAAGAGAAGGGGAGAGCCUGUGAACCCAAGGAGAGGAAAGAAGAUGCCACAAUCCUUCCUCCCCCAGAUCUGGUGCUACACAAAGACCACAUCCUAGGCCCCCAGGAGAGUUUUCCUGAGGAAAAUGCUUCUUCGCCAUUUACCCAAGCCAGAGCACACUGGAUCCGAGCAGUUACCAAGGUCCGACUCCGGCUGCAGGAGAUUCCAGAUGAUGGUCACCCCUCUUUGCCCCAGUGGCUCCCGGAAGGGCCAGCUGGAGGGCUCUAUGGCAUUGACAGCAUGCCAGAUCUACGCAGAAAGAAGCCACUGCCGCUUGUCAGUGAUCUGUCAUUGGUCCAGUCCCGGAAGGCAGGGAUUUCUUCUGCAAUGGCUACACGCACCUCUCUCAAGGAUGAAGAGCUGAAAUCCCAUGUGUAUAAGAAAACCCUGCAGGCCUUAAUCUACCCCAUCUCGUGCACCACACCUCACAACUUUGAGGUCUGGACGGCCACUACCCCGACCUACUGCUAUGAAUGUGAAGGUCUGCUCUGGGGCAUUGCCCGGCAGGGCAUGCGCUGCAGUGAGUGUGGAGUCAAGUGCCAUGAGAAGUGCCAGGACCUGCUCAACGCCGACUGCCUGCAGCGGGCUGCAGAAAAAAGUUCUAAACAUGGAGCUGAGGACCGGACCCAGAACAUAAUCAUGGCCAUGAAGGACCGCAUGAAGAUCCGAGAGCGGAAUAAGCCAGAGAUCUUUGAGGUCAUCCGAGAUAUCUUUACUGUAAGCAAAGUUGCCCAUGUGCAACAGAUGAAAACAGUGAAGCAGAGUGUACUGGAUGGCACCUCCAAAUGGUCGGCCAAAAUUACCAUCACUGUGGUGUGUGCCCAGGGCCUACAAGCCAAGGACAAGACAGGAUCCAGUGACCCUUACGUGACUGUGCAAGUGGGCAAAACCAAGAAGCGUACCAAGACUAUUUUUGGGAACCUGAAUCCUGUUUGGGAAGAGAAGUUCCAUUUUGAGUGCCACAACUCUUCUGACCGCAUCAAGGUACGUGUAUGGGAUGAGGAUGAUGACAUCAAGUCGAGAGUAAAGCAGCGGCUAAAGCGAGAGUCUGAUGAUUUCCUUGGCCAAACCAUUAUUGAGGUUCGGACACUGAGUGGUGAGAUGGACGUCUGGUACAACUUGGAGAAGAGGACCGAUAAAUCAGCCGUCUCAGGGGCUAUCCGACUACAAAUCAGUGUGGAGAUCAAGGGGGAGGAGAAGGUAGCACCAUAUCACGUGCAGUAUACGUGUCUCCAUGAGAACCUUUUCCAUUACCUCACAGACAUUCAGGGUAGUGGAGGAGUCCUGAUCCCUGAGGCUCGAGGAGAUGAUGCAUGGAAGGUGUACUUUGAUGAGACUGCCCAAGAAAUUGUGGAUGAAUUUGCCAUGCGCUAUGGCAUCGAGUCCAUAUAUCAGGCCAUGACGCACUUUGCAUGUUUGUCAUCCAAGUACAUGUGUCCUGGUGUGCCAGCAGUGAUGAGCACCUUACUGGCCAACAUCAAUGCCUACUAUGCCCACACAACUGCCUCCACCAAUGUCUCUGCAUCUGAUCGCUUUGCAGCCUCCAACUUUGGGAAAGAGAGAUUUGUAAAGCUACUGGACCAGCUGCACAACUCACUGAGGAUUGACCUCUCUACCUACAGGAAUAAUUUUCCUGCUGGAAGCCCUGAGCGGCUUCAGGACUUGAAGUCAACAGUGGAUUUGCUGACCAGCAUUACUUUCUUCAGAAUGAAGGUGCAAGAACUGCAGAGCCCUCCAAGAGCCAGCCAGGUGGUAAAGGAUUGUGUGAAGGCCUGUUUGAACUCCACAUAUGAAUAUAUCUUCAACAACUGCCAUGACUUGUACAGUCGCCAGUACCAGCUGAAACAGGAACUACCUCCAGAGGAACAAGGACCCAGCAUUCGGAACCUGGAUUUUUGGCCCAAACUCAUCACACUCAUUGUGUCAAUCAUAGAGGAAGAUAAGAAUUCCUACACACUCAUUCUGAACCAGUUUCCUCAAGAGUUGAAUGUGGGAAAAGUCAGCGCGGAAGUGAUGUGGCAGCUCUUUGCCCAAGACAUGAAAUAUGCUCUGGAGGAGCAUGAGAAAGACCGGCUGUGUAAGAGUGCUGACUACAUGAACCUACACUUCAAGGUGAAGUGGCUUCACAAUGAAUAUGUGCGAGAUCUGCCUGCCCUCCAGGGACAGGUGCCUGAGUACCCAGUGUGGUUUGAGCAGUUUGUCCUGCAGUGGCUGAAUGAAAAUGAGGACGUGUCCCUGGAAUUCCUGCGUGGGGCCCUGGAACGAGAUAAGAAGGAUGGGUUCCAGCAGACAUCAGAACAUGCACUCUUUUCCUGCUCUGUGGUGGAUGUCUUCACACAGCUCAACCAGAGCUUUGAGAUCAUCCGGAAGCUGGAAUGCCCAGACCCCAACAUCCUUGCCCACUACAUGAGGAGAUUUGCUAAGACCAUCGGGAAGGUGCUGAUGCAGUAUGCAAACAUCUUAUCAAAGAGCUUCCCAGAUUAUUGCACAAAGGAGAAAAUGCCCUGCAUCCUGAUGAACAACAUGCAGCAACUGAGGGUCCAGCUGGAGAAAAUGUUUGAGGCCAUGGGAGGCAAGGAGUUGGACCCUGAAGCUGCAGACAGUUUGAAGGAGCUGCAGGUGAAACUGAAUACAGUUCUGGAUGAGCUCAGCAUGGUAUUUGGAAACAGUUUUCAGGUGCGGAUUGAUGAGUGUGUUCGACAAAUGGCUGACAUCCUGGGCCAGGUGCGGGGCCCAGGGAAUGCAUCCCCCAACGCCAGGGCCUCGGUGGCACAGGAUGCAGACAGUGUGCUCCGGCCUCUCAUGGACUUCCUGGAUGGCAACCUCACACUCUUUGCCACUGUGUGUGAGAAGACAGUCCUGAAGCGUGUACUGAAGGAGCUCUGGCGAGUGGUAAUGAACACAAUGGAAAGGAUGAUUGUUCUACCCCCACUCACUGACCAGACAGGCACCCAGCUGAUCUUCACUGCUGCCAAGGAGCUGAGCCAUAUUUCCAAACUCAAGGACCACAUGGUACGAGAGGAAACCCGGAGUCUCACUCCAAAGCAGUGUGCCAUCCUUGACCUUGCUCUGGACACCAUCAAGCAAUACUUUCAUGCUGGAGGUAAUGGGCUGAAGAAAACCUUCCUGGAGAAGAGCCCAGAUCUGCAGUCCCUACGCUAUGCCCUGUCUCUGUACACACAGACCACAGACACACUCAUCAAAACCUUUGUGCGCUCACAGACUGCCCAGGGGUCUGGUGUGGAUGAUCCUGUGGGAGAAGUCUCUAUUCAGGUGGACUUGUUUACACAUCCUGGAACUGGGGAGCACAAGGUCACAGUGAAAGUGGUAGCUGCCAAUGACCUCAAGUGGCAGACAGCAGGUAUGUUCCGGCCCUUUGUGGAAGUGACCAUGAUUGGCCCACACCAAAGUGACAAGAAGAGGAAGUUCACAACCAAAUCAAAGAGCAACAACUGGGCUCCCAAGUACAAUGAGACAUUUCACUUCCUCCUGGGAAAUGAAGAGGGACCAGAAGCCUAUGAAUUGCAAAUAUGUGUGAAAGAUUACUGCUUUGCCCGUGAGGAUCGUGUUCUGGGGCUGGCUGUGAUGCCUCUGAGGGAUGUGGCAGCCAAAGGCAGCUGUGCUUGCUGGUGCCCCUUGGGCCGGAAGAUCCACAUGGAUGAGACAGGCAUGACUAUUCUCCGGAUUCUAUCUCAGAGGAGCAAUGACGAAGUGGCUCGAGAGUUUGUGAAGCUCAAAUCGGAGUCUCGUUCCAUAGAAGAGGGAAGCUGA